AUGAUCAACCACCUCGAAGGAAAGCUAGAGAGGCUCGAGACCCAUCUCAGUAGCAUCUUCGGUGCGGGGGAGAUCAGUUCUAUGCCAGACACGCCUCCUGAUGACCCCGAUCCACCUGUUUCGGCACCCAACCAUCUCGGGCUCGAUCCUCUGGAUGAUUUAGAUAUUGAAGACUUUUUGGAUCGACAGGAGCCAGUCUCUGCAAGCAUACCCUCGGAGAGUGUUGUUUGUUCCGUGCGCGUUGAGAGCGGAGUGGGUCUGCAUCAAGAGAAACCCCCGUGCUUUUACAUCCCAAGGUGCAUAAGCAACACAGGUGCGGGAUGUUUCUCAGUCUUAACAAAUGAAGGGUUAGACUGGAUAUCACAAAGAGCGGAUUCGAGUCAUCUUGAUCAUCUUCGUGGGAGUGUGGCCUCCGAACCUCAGUUAAGCUCCUUGUUGCCACCCAGAAAGCUAUUUUGCCCGUUCCCACGGGCAGAGCUUUUGAAGCAGCUCCUACAUGACUACAUGGAGUACUUCAACCUUACCCUGCCGGUAUUCACUCAGGCAGACGUUGACGCUCUGUUUGCUGGCAACUACACGGAUCCGCAGGUGCACGGCCCAGGCCAGUGGGCCAGCCUUCAUGUCAUCUUGGCUGUCGCCUACAUGCUUCCAUCCACAACAGGUCGGCCUGAUCAUCAGACUAGCGCGCUCUUUAUGAAGGGUGCCUUGCAGGCCAUUAAUGAGAUUCUACUAGCACCCCCUGAUCUCUGGGCAUGCAAAUCUACAUUAGUGAUGGCUGUUCUGUUCUUGUCAUUGUCUGCUGCUCACCCUUGCAGUUCGCUUAUUGCCAUUGCUGUGCAAAUCUGCAACCAAUUAGAUCUAGGCAAUUCGGAAGCCCUGCGAUGUUCUGUCGAAGAAAGGCAGAGUCGAGAUUUGCUCUUCUGGAUGGUCUGUGCAAUGGAUAAUGAGAUAUCUUAUCGAUUCGGGGUCCCCCCAGCACAGAAAGAAGACAUAGUUGGGGAGGCGUUGCACAUCAGUUCUCCCUCAAGCGCUUACAGCGUACCAAUACGGAACGACUCGGAUACCUUCAAUCUCUUCCAUCCCACUGCCGAGCUUGUGCAAAUCAGGAGCCAGAUUGUUCGACAGUUGUAUCUAGCCUCCGCGGUCAACAAACCUUUCGACCAGUUACUGGCUCUGACGGGUGAUUUCGACCAAAAGCUGCAGGCGUGGUUGCGAAAACUUCCUCGCGAACUGCAGCCUGGGUCCGGAGCAUCCCCACCAUUCCGAAAAAUGCCCGUGUUCCCGACUCUUCUGUUUAUUCAUUACGCCUAUUACGACUGCAUGAUUGCCAUCCACUCUUUGGUGGCCAUGAGAGAAGUCAACACUGCGCAGGAUCUUCUUGGCGGGCUCAGCCUUUCCGCCUCACCCGGAUUUGCCGACAACCCUCGGGUCCUGCUUUCCACGUCGCUCAUGUCUAAGGCUGCAAGAGCAUCCCUCGCCUUGUUGAAAUAUUUACCACGGGAUGACAUAAAUCUCGGUAUCGCCUAUCACUACCCUUCUGUCGCGAUGAAAACGCUCGCUUCAAGCAUUAUACGCAACCCGCGGCCCGCCUCGGAGAUACAUAACCUGAAAAUGCUCCACCAAGCAGAAUCGUAUCUAUCGCAAACUGCUCGCAAUUCGACCCACGAAGCAAUCCGGCGCUUGUCCAAGGCUUGCGCGGACUGCUGCGCGGUCGCUCAACGGGCCAUCGAUGCUGCAUAA